CAUUUAUUCGAUGACAAUUCUCACUAAAGUUUAGUGUUGGUAUUUGGCCAAACUCUAAGCAAGGAGAAGAGGCUUACCUUUGCUGGUCAGUGUCCAAAGUUUAUGCCACUACCCAAUGAGGUUUCCAAAGCGUCAGCGUUCACUGGUAGCUGGUAUCUGUACGCAGUCCACCCAAACUAUCUGCAGGAAAAGUGUGUAAAACGCACUUUUCAGGGCCACAGCUUUUGGAGGCAGUUUGCCGAAACAGAUGACGAUCAUUUCAUAGUGCAAUAUUUUUGCUAUCAGGAUAGAGAUCGCUACAACAAACUUCAACACAUGAGAUCAAUCAGCAUUUUCGUCAAGGAACAGGUGCCCACAGCGAAAACCAUAGCAUCAAUUACGAACGCACUGAUGCGGAAUUUUAAGUUCCCCUUAAGACUACUCAACUACACCGAUAAUUCCUUUUGUACAGAGUUCGAGUAUAAAGAUGCACAGUAUAGAGUUUGAAGCUUCGUGGAC